AUGAAUGGUUCUUCCACUUCUGCAAUUCAAAUAAGCCUCUGGCACACUUGGGCCCUGACAGUCACUCACAAGGCAUCUGAAUAUACUGCACAGAAAUUCAAUGCAGAGAAGACAGGAGGAGACCCGGUGAUACCUUCUGCUAACCUAGACACUGAUCUGGUGAUGGCCUGUGAUCAAUUGGUAGAUUGCCUCAUAAAGGCAUAUGAAAAUCCGAUUCAGAUGAACAUCAACAUUGGAAGAUAUAGCAAAUUGAUCUCCCCGAAGAACACCAAGCACAAUGAGGAGAAAGAGGAGAAGUUGCUUAAGAGAUGUCCUCCUGGCCAUGAGGGGACAAGGUUUAUGGACAUACCCGCCACCAUUCUAGAUGUGUCCAGCACCAUCAUUGCAUGGUACCUCCCAGAUGCCCUGACAGCCGAAACACAGAUGUGUGAUAUACAUUGUUACUCAAUAUAUAUUAAAUACAAAAUGGUAACCACAGAAGGAAAUUUGGGCAGCCACCGAGUUGCUGUCUCCGAGUCUGGAAAGAAGUGUAAAGAAGAUGUUGGCUUACCUGCUGGGUGCAUCAAUUUAUCUCCAGCAUGGUUUCAACAGGGGCACGAGAAUAUAGCAGACCCAGAGGUAUCUGCAUCAUUAAAGGGACCAUUGUCCGAGGAAAUCCUAAAUGCCAUUGUGAGGCCAGCAGCCAUCGCAUCAGCGGCGCUCAGGAUCAUGCAUCCGGAGCAGUACUGGGCAGGGUUACGAACAUUUUCAAGCCUCAGAGAAAAGGCAGAAAGCAAGGAACUGCCAAGAAUGUCCAAGAUCCUCCAGUACUGGGCAUCCGUGUUUAACACAUUAUCCGUCAUUUCCAAUCGUCAAACCCCGCAUCAUCGAGACAAUUUAUCAAUUCCUGAAUGCUUCGAUAUUCUCACCACUGUGGGGAAUUAUUCUAAUGCUUGGAUGAGCAUGCCAAGCCUUUGGCUGGAGUUCGGGUAUGAUCCUGGGUGUAUGAUUGGAUUUUUCAGGAAGGAUUGUCAGACAUGGGGUUCAUGA